UUAUGACGUCAGGUGGUUCAAGAGGUCUGUGAGUGUGACGCCGAAUAUUUGUAAUUUAACCGUUUCAGCGUAAACAGAUCAACACCUUACUAUGUAAAGUGUAAUACAACAACUAUACAAGGUAAAGACACGCAAAAUGAAACAAGGCCUUUUAAAAACUUUUGUGUUUGGUGUGCUGAUGUGUGUUAUCUGUCAUGCUCAGGAAAAUAACAGUUCUACAUCAAACUUUCCAUCUGAACAUAACAACAACACAUCCGACGGAGGAAAUACUACAACACACGGAGGAACUGAUCCACCACACGCAGGAAAUACCACAUCACACGGAGGAAAUAAUACAUCACACGGAGGAAAUAAUACAUCACACGGAGGAAAUAAUACAUCAGACGGCCAACCUCCGUCACAAGGUCCUCCAGGAAAGUGUCCACCAAAUAACCCAAAAUGUCAAGCGAAUCCUUCAGAAAGAUGCGCAGGUCAAGAUCCAAGAUGUAACAAUCUCCCAUCCGAGUAUCCGUCAGAUUAUUAUGAAAGUCUGAAAAGAUCGUUUCCUCGCAGAGAUUUUACUUGUCCAGAACCAUGCAGGAAAACUUGUUUGAAGCGUGCCCAUUGUUUGACCAAAGAUUAUCGGUAUAAGUUUGCCUUUCCAUUUAUAAACAAAUUGCAGUCCAAUUUCGAGCAAACUGGAAUGCUGAUUUAUAAUAACGGGGUACUGAACAAACUAGACGAUCAUUUAACAUGUGAAGAUGCCACGAAGUUCAUUCGUUACUUCUUAAAUAUACCAAAUAAAGAACAAGAUCGUUUGUUUGGUAUAACGAAUGCUACAAGUGACUCACCAGCAAUAGAGGAUAUCAAACCAUUUAUUCCAUUUUUGCGUUUAUUUAAGAAUACAACAUUACAGAAUAUGAUGAAAACCUUAUCCGAAUCGUCGAAGAUACAAAUGUGUAGCCAACUGAUGUAUUUAGACUGUCGUGUACAGCUAGCUUUCUUACAGGAAAAUGAAAUGUCAUUCUGCCAACAAAAUUCAAAGAAUUUUCAACCUUCGUUAGAUUUAGUACGAAACUUUUUGAUUGAUCGUGAUGGCGACUUUAAUACCUGGAGUAAUGUUGUUUGGGAGAACAAUGUAAUGAACUACAUGUAUGUCAUGCAGGCAGACACGGAAUUCCUGAAGCUUUUCCCUGAAGACCUUAUGUUUCAAAUGUUGAAAAACUCAUCAGAUGGCUGUAAAGAAAUUGAAAGUAAACACUUACGACAGGUAGUUCGUGAAAAACUUAGCAACGUAUUAAAAAAAAGUCAGGACCCUCAAGAGAAAUCUGCAGCCAUUCGAUUAUUACAGUCUUGUGGGGGAAAGCUUAAAAAUUUGGAAAAAUAUGCUACUGAUGCUCAGAUUUUAGAUAGUUUCGACAGCACCACUGCUAAAGUGUCCCCUAGAGAUAAAGCAAAGAUGAGAAGAAUCUUGAAGACCGAGAAAGCUGAUCCAUCCUUGAUGACAAAAGACGAAAUUGUAAGGUAUUCUUCGCUAAUCAUGAACGACAAACAGAUGAUGAAUGGUCUUAAUACAACUGCAUUAGAAGAAGCCAUUUGUGUUCUUGGUGAUAAGAUCAAUGAUAUCAAUCAGGCAAGAAAACUAAAGUCAGUUUUAACAAGACUGAACAAGUAUAACGAUCUGACAGUUUACACAAAAGAUAAAAUCAUAUGCUUGAAAAAUCUUCUUGGUACUUUGUCUCCGAGACAAAUUGCAAGUUUACCGAAUGGACCCCUUGGUGAGGCUAUAAAUGAUGGAGCUCUGAUUGAUGUCACGUUUUCCUGCCAAGUGGCAAGAUCAGUGCUGAAACAAUACUUAACCUAUGUUACCAAACCAAACGGUGAUAUGAGUUCUGCGGAAUUGCUAGCAUUACCACCAAGCAUCAAAGUAUGCCUCCGUGCACGUGAUAUAGCAAAAAUUCCAGCUAUUCAGCUGACACUGGAUGUUAUUAAUAAAUUUACGUCGGAGUUUCAAUCAAGAAACUUACAGGCCCCAGAAUCUAUGAUAAGAAGGCUCAUAGGAAAGGUGAAAGGAGACAGUAAUAUCAUAGCUGCACUUGCAAAAACACCACUUGGUAAAUUUAUACCAUCAGCUGUGUUGCGUAAAAGUGUAGACAUGGGACAGGAAAUAGCUGAUCAGUUAAAUUCUGGAGAACCAUUGACAUUUCAUGUAGGCUGUAAAAAAGCAAAUUAUCUGUAUGGGGAGUUAACAAAUACAAUAGGACCACCGACUGCAGACAAUCUAAACUGGACAACUGGGGUAUACAGAGCAUUACAGGAAUCUAAUAUCCUCAGUGGAAUGCCUUUACGUCAUCUGAAAAACAUAUCUGAUUCACAGAUUUUUGAAGUAGCAGAUGCCUUUCUUGCAUCCAAAUGCAUUACUGGAAACCAGAAAAAAAUCAUUCUGCAGAAGUUUUUGUCUGUUCAACAAGUGAAUGCGACUACAGUGACAUCAGAAGAUAUACAAAAUAUGGACCCACAAAUAUUGUUUAAUCAAAAAGAAGAAGAAUUGGCAAAGUACGGAGUAAAUCAUAUUGAUGACAUUUGCAGCGUAAUUGCUCGAAUAGACGUUUCACAAGUUCCAAUGGGAAAGAUUUUGCAGAAAGCUCAUUUCUGUACUACAUGCAUGGAUGCUCCAUCUUUAUCUAUGGACAACGUCACGGAUUGUGGGGCUCUUAUUUGUGCUCUACCUUUAACCAAAUUUGAUCGACUUGACGAUGAUUCGUUGACCCAGAAUGGUGAGGCACUUGCCGUUAAGUGCCAAUGGGGACUACAGAAAAGGAAAAAGAUUAUUAACUUAGCUUUACAAAGGGGACUUAUAAAUUCUCCAAAUGCCAUGACAGAUGUUGACAUUAUGACCCUUAAAACGCUGAUAGCUGAUUUUACUCCUGACGAUUUGGAUGAGAUACCAGUGCAAGCUUUUGCAUUAGCCGAAAGUGCUGUUGUCCAAGCCUUUAAAGAUAGAGACAGUGUACAAGAGGCUAGACGAUUGAAAGGGUUUAAAAGUGACUUUUCAGAUAAAGAAAGAAUCACUCAACAAGAAGGAACUCUCCAUGUAUUCAAAAAGAUUAUUCAAAUCAAAUUAUCUGGUGUAAGCAGUCGUAAGAAAAGAGACACAUCAGCUUAUACUUUGACCUGUGAUGAUUUAAAGUCGCUUGGUUCAGUAGGAUUGCCUGCAGUAUCAGAGGCUAAUCUAAUGGCUGUCAAUGACAGUGAAUUUCAGGACUGUUUGUUAACUUUAGGACAGGUCACACACUGGUUACCUGAUCAGAAAGAAACAUUAGCUCAAAAAAUGAUAUCUAUAUAUGGCACACCAGGCAACUGGACUUCUGAGACAAUUGGAACAGCAGGAAGUAUGAUACAGGGAUUAAGUGUGUCAGAUAUAAAUACACUUAAUAUGGAUAUUAACAGUGUUAGCUCUCUAGGUCAGCUGGAAGGAUGGACAGAUGAACAAAAAAGAUCUGCUUAUACAGUGUUUAUGACAAACGUAAAGAACGGAUUGCCAGCAAGUAAUUUAUCCAGUACAGAAUUGACAGCAUUAGGAAACUUUAUUUGUGGAAUGCUUUCAACUGAAAUAGACACAAUAUCACCAGUUGUAUAUAUGGAUUCUGCAGAGGCUGUGGGUGGUUUGACACAUUGCAGUGCUACUCAACUGCAAUCUUUUGCUGGAUUAGCUAAGCAUGCAGAUGCAUUUGGGGAUGACAUUUCACAGUGGGACGAGUCGACAGUUUCAACAGUCGGCAUUUUGAUAGGUGCACUUAGUGUGAGCGAAGUAUCUGCCUUAAGCCCUGGACAGAUUGACAGCAUUGAUCCGAAUAUGAUCAGUUAUUUCCCAGUUGAAGCCAUGAAGUCUUUUACAAGUGAACAGCUACAUAAUUUCAGUCCUGCUCAAGCGGAAGCAACAACUUCAGAUCAACGUUCCCAGCUGUCACAUGAUCAAUUUAUUAGUUUGCAAACAGCAGCAGGAACCAGUUUCUCUGAUGGACCUAGUGGAGGUUGUAGUCUAAACUCAGUGGUAUGGAUGCUAACAUUGACGCUUGCAUUUGGUGUAAUUUUGGAAACCAUUUAAAUUUAAUUUGAAGAGUUAACCACAAUUAACAACGUUAAAGGAAUGUGGUGUCGAAUAUUGUUAUGACAAUUAAGAAGUACGAAAGUGCUUCAUAUUAUAUAAAUGGAAAUAAACACUACAGAAAUCCAAUGUUUUAUAAGAAUAAAGUACGAAACUGCAA